UCCUAACCAAGGGUUAAAGGUUAAUUGUAUUCUUGUUCCCAGGUUCCGUCGUGUUGGUAACAGUCAAACAAGAUGGCAGCACCAAGGGAAGAAGAGGCCAGAGCCUACCUAGAAGAACACAAAAUAAUAGAGCUUUUCAACAACCUUACGGCCCAACUUGUGUACAGCAGACCAGAUAACCCGAGGCAGUACCUGAUACAGUACCUGGAAAGGUUACGUACGUCCAAGCUGAGUCAGCUGGACUAUCCAGUCUUGUUUGAUGACACCAACCUGCAAGCCUUGUUUGGAAUCCUGGACCCCACUAGGAAGGGCUUCAUCACAUUGGAAGAGUACAAACAUGCAAUGGAUAAUCUAGGGGCGCUGGACUAUGACCCACAUCCAGUGGGAGCAGACGCUGAUCAAAUCAACAUGGACACCUUUGUUAGGGAGGCGAAACAUGGUGUAACAAAGUCAACUGCAUCUUUCAAGCAGUGAGACAGUUGGACAUGAGUACAUACAGAGAAAUGACAAGUUUUUAAGGCACCUGAGGGCUGAAAUUGUGUGACAAGUAGAGUUAUGUUAACAUAUACAUGUACGUGUAGUAACUCAAUAUAGGACUUAUAUUAACAUGUAUAUAUUUGAAAAGGUUGCACACAUUAGAGUGAUUGGACUGAAAUAUAGGUAUACAUACAUGUAUGUAGAACUUCAUAACAAUAGAUUAUUAGGUCUUACAUAAAUGUUCCAUACAAAAAUGGGCACUGCAACCUUCAUGGUUCUUCAGUUUACUAUAAGCAUAAAUUUGGGGGCUUACAGACAUAGUCAUGGCAUAGAAACUUUAUUUCAUUGCAUCAUCAAUGUUUGCUGUUCUCCUCUUAUGCAGCAUAAGAAUGAUUUAUACUUGCAAAGAAAAGGACACAUAUAUGUUUCAAGCAUUGGCAGUAUACAUGUAUAUGUGAGGUACUAGCAUUAAAGAAUUUUUGACUAUGAAAGCUGAUGGUUCAAUGGCAUGUGUACAUAUGUUGUUUGCACUUUAUCAAGGUUGUAACAGAUUAAAAGUUUUACAACAAAU